AUGGCUACCACCGCGAUGGAUUACGAGGCUGCCAAUGGCGACCGGUACGAAGAUGAGGCUCCUCGAUAUGAGCGCGACAACCGAAGUGCAUCGCCUCGCCCUCGUGACGAUAACGAAGGUAGCCGCCGUCGCUCCGCCUCACCCGGCGGCCAUGGUGACAGCAACAUGAAGGACGUGUCUGCUUCCCGGGACGACGAUGAUGGUGCUAUCAACCCUGGGUCCAACCUCUUUGUCACAGGUAUCCACCCCAAGCUUUCCGAAGCUGAGGUGUCCAAGAUGUUUGAGAAAUAUGGCGAUGUUGAGAAGUGCCAAAUUAUGCGUGACCCGCACACCAAAGAGUCUCGCGGAUUUGGCUUUGUCAAGAUGGUCACAUCUGAACAAGCCGAAGCUGCCAAAGAGGGUCUUCAGGGUGAACAGAUCGAGGGUCGCACUUUGAGCAUUGAGAAGGCCCGCCGAGCCCGCCCUCGUACCCCGACUCCUGGCAAAUACUUUGGCCCACCCAAGCGAGAGCCUCGUCCUGGACGUUACGAUGAUCGCCGACGUGGUGGUUACGGUGGUGGUGGCGGUGGCGGCGGUUACGGCCGUGAUGACCCUUACCGCUACCGUGGCUACGAUCGCAACUACGAGCGACGCUAUGAGGACCGUGGAGGUGGUUACGGUGGCAGCAGCAGCGGCGGCGGCGGAGGAGGUGGUGGUGGCCGCGACUAUGACCGCAGCUAUCGGGACGAGCGUCGUUACGAGGAUCGAGGCGGCUAUGGUGGUCGCGACUAUGAUCGAGGCUAUGAACGCCGUGACCGUGAGGAGGGCUACGGCCGUGAUCGUUACGGAGGAGGAGGUGGCGGAGGCGGUCGUGAAGAGCGAGACCGCUAUGGCCCUCGGGGAGGCCCUGGAGGUUCUGGCUAUGAACGUGGUGGUGACCGAUACGAACGCGGAGGCGACCGAGAUGCUACUCGAACUCGCGACCCAGCUGCCAGCGCCGGAGGAGCUGGUUAUGGCGAAUCCGCCUCUCGAUCUGAGGCACGCGAUGCCUAUGGAGGUUCGACCUACUACUGA